AUGUUUAUCGUGACUGAAGUACCGACCAAAGAUGGUGGAUCAUAUACUGUCGUACCCUAUAGUGGUCGAGGUGCCCCAAAGAAGGUCAGUCGUGUUGAACUACAACCAUGCCCCAUGAAGAGUGACCCUCCUCAACCGAUACAACCAACGACGAUUAAGUGCGUUCCCAACCGAGCCAUUCAUGAAGAUACGUCCUCAACUGACACUGAAUCGGAGUUUAUGUUGCUCGUUAAUACCCCUUCGUCACCCAGAAAGCAUCACAUAUCCACAUCCAAAGGCGAACAAAUUCAAGCAACGCCAGACAACGAUCCAGCAACAACUCUCCGAAGAUCGAAACGGAUAGCGGCGAAAAGACAGAACACCCACCAAAGCAAAUCAAAUCCAACAUGCAAUCAACUGACGGUAUCGUAUCGAGACUUUAAUGUUUAUGUCCUAGUUAUAUGUGUGCUUAUAACUGGCAUUUCCGUGUUCUCUGCAGUUAUAUAG